GUCAGUAACAGUUUUGAGUAGCUUGCGGAUUAACCUAUUGAAAACAUGAAGUUAUUGAGUUUGCUGUUGGCCCUGUGCCUGCUACUGGGAGCCUACGUUAGUGGACAUCCGGAGGAUAAAUCUAGUGGCAGGCCUCUCUGCCCCUGUCCACGCAACAUGGAACCAGUUUGUGGCAGCAAUGAUGUCACCUAUAGUAAUAGAUGUCUGUUUGAAUGUGAACAACGCAGUAUGGAGCGUUCUGGACGCAGUUUGAAGCUCCUGAGAACCGGCGAAUGUUAAGAAGGAUUAUAUGAAAUAUUUUUUAAUUACAAGCAUUCAACCAAAAAUAAAUAAAAAAUAAAUUUAAAAUCGUUACUAAA